GUGCAAUUGGAGGCGCCACAUCGAGGGUGCUGCGAUUGAAAGGAUUUGCCACGUGCGGGACCCACCUGGAAGAGCCGCUGGAAGGCGUAGUAGCCGCAGGACAACGCCACAAAUAUCCAAAAGACACCGUUUAUCAGCAAUAUGACCUCCUCGUUGGCCAAAAUCGAGGACUUUUCCUCCGAUCCCGUGGAGUUUUUUAAGGAGAUCCUGCAGGAAGCUGCCAAGGGACAUCCCGAUGGAUUCAUGCAGGAAAUGAACCUGGCCACCGUGGACGAGGAAUUCGGGGUCCUCAACCGCACCGUCCUGUACCGAGGACUCACCCAGGAUAAAUGUGUGUUCUACAUCACCCAUCGGUAUGUUCGCAACUUCAAGAAUCUUCAGGCCAAUCCCAAGGCCUGCAUCACCUUCUAUAUGCCGGAUGUUAAGGAUAAGGCCGGAAAUCAGAAUAGCUGGCAGGUGAGAUUGAUUGGAGCCACCGCUGUGGAACUGCCCCAAAGCGAAACGGAUGCCUUGUGGGCCAAGGAGAAUUUGGCUGCCCAGAUCAGGGGCCACAUCUGUCCCUGUGGAGAACCGAUUAACUACGAUGAUCUCAAGGCGAAGCACGAUCAGUUCCUUGAGGAUCACAGGGGAAAAUCUAUCGAGAAACCAGCAAGCUAUACCGCUUGGAAAUUCCAACCGCAGCGUUGGGACUUCCUGAAGGUGGGUCUUGACCAAAUCGCGGAUCGGGUGCAGUACCGACUUCAAAAGGAUGGCAAAUGGGAAUCCAUGCACGUGUCCACCUAAACGGUGGCAUGCCGGCAGUAAAAACAUGAUCUUGAUUUUGGACGAUUUCAUUUUAUUCAACAAUAUCUUUCUACAAACAGCUAAACGUACAGACUAACAACUAAAUUUGCUUCCUUCUCGACAUGUUUAACAUACAAUUACAACAUAGUUAAUAAAUAUUACACAAAACAGCAAAAAAAAGGACGUUUAAAAAAUACAGUUAGCAUAGAGUUACAUAGGUUCGAGUAACAUUAGAGCAGGUUAGUUACAUACAUACAUACAUAUGCUUAAUUGCCUUAGUUGCUUUGCUACACACACACAUAAUACCCAGUGAGUUUCGGUUCCGUUUUCUACACAAAUGCGCUG